AUGACGAGCGUAACCCCCAAGAAGAUGAAGGUGAGCGAACUGCGCGCGGCGUUAGAAUCCCGCGGACUGAGCUCGAAUGGGCUUAAGACGGAGCUGAUCCAGCGGCUGGAAUUAGCUUUGGAUGAGGAGGAGUUUGGCAGUGAAGCGCAGGAGAUGGAGGAGCUUAAGGUAGAGAGUCCUAAAAACACGAAGAAGGUCGAAUCGAAGAAGAAGGAGGCGCCUGCUGCUACGGUCGACGUGGGAAUGAAAGCUGUAAAGGAAACUGAUACAAAGCCUUUGUCUCCUGUAAAGAAGAUGGUGUCGCCUAGUGGACAUUCGACUUAUGUCUCGGUUGAGACGAAGAGGCAAGAAAAGGAGGAAGACCCGGUUACUGCUGAGCCAGUGCCGGAGAAGGAGAAACCCGAGACGGAAAAGGGACUAAGUAGCACCAGUGAAUCCGAGAUGGACGCUCCUGCUAAGCCCAUGACGGAGGAGGAGAAGCGAGCGGCCCGUGCUGCCAAGUUUGGCAUCCCCUUGAGUCUAGAAGACAAGAAGGCGCAGCGAGCAAAGCGUUUUCAACUUCCCAGUGCAGUGGCAGUAGAUGAGGAUGCAAAGCGACUUAAGCGUGCAGAACGUUUCAACUUGGAGACGAAAGAUACGCUUGAUAAGAAAAAGGAAGCACGUGCCGAGCGUUUCGGUCUGAAUGCGGAGGAAAAACGGCGUCUAGAGCGCGCGAAGCGCUUCAAUCUCGAAACCAGCGAAGUGUUCCAGGAAAAGCGACAAAAGCGUCGAGAGCGUUUUGCGACUGCUUCAAAAUGA